GAGUGGUGUACAAGGCGGUGGCGGAGGACGAGGACCUGGGGCUGACGUGCCCGCUGGGGCCGGGCCUCAACACGCGCUGCCCCUGCGCCGCCGUGCACUACGUCAUCCUCGAGAGCGAGAACAAGGACAACGACAUCUUCGAGAUCCACGACUCGUCCGGCCAGAUGUUCCUGAAGAAGGGCGCGCUGCCCCGCCCGGGCGGACAGUACCAGGUGGAGAUCGUGGCGGCCAACGCCAACGAGAGCCACGACAGCCUGAACGUGCUGCAGAUGGACGUGCAGACCCUGACGGUGGUCGUCCGCAGCGACGACAAGCUGGAGGACCUCCUGGAGACCAAGGACCCGUUCGAGGCCGCGCCGCUCGAGGGCAACGUCGUCGUGAACGCGAGGGACUACGAGCUGGACUACGGAGAGGGAACCGGGACACAGGACGAGGAAAGAUGGAGGAACCAAGAAGAGGAAGAAGGAACGGAUGCUAAAGGAUACGGAGGAUUCGAGGAACCUCUGGGCCCUGACAGCGACGAGCGGGAUGCCCUGGGCCCGCAGACGCUGGUCCGGAGGAAGCGAGAGACCCCGGCCGACGACGGCGACACGGGCUCGUCCGAACUGACGCUGAUCGAGAAGAACCCUCCGGCCGGCGACAUGAAGCCCGGCAUGAGCAUCGACUACGAGCUGGUGGUCGUCCUGCCGCGACUCACCACGGCCAUCGACCUGGUGAUCGAGCUGUUCGUGAUGACGCCGUCUCGGGCGUCACGCCCUUCGCGCUCUGCGACCCGCGCGUCGACUCCAUCGGCAGCAUGAUCAAGGACGAGGCCGGCGCCCCAUCGCGCCCGCCGACGUCACCAUCGACAAGACUCUCAACCAGGACUUCGGCACCUUCUACGACCACGCCGUCCUCAACUUCGGCAAGGUGCAGAACCAGGACACGUACAACCCGACGCCCACCGACAAGGAGCCGAGCACCAUCCGCGUCCUGUUCACGGCCAUCCUCAUCAAGAACACCGCCUACACCAACGACACCGUCAUCGUGACCGCCGGCGCCGAGUACGACUCCGAGCGCUACGUGUGGGUGAGCCAGGCCACGCACAGCUACAUCAUGA